AUGGAAGAAGAAAAGAAGAAGAAUGUAUGGAAGAAGAAUGGAAGAAGGAAAGAAGAAGAAGAAGAAGGAAGAAGAAGAAGAAGGAAGAAGAAGAAGAAGAAGAAGAAGAAGAAGAAGAAAGAAGAAGAAGAAGAAGAAGAAGAAGAAAGAAGAAGAAGAAGAAGAAGAAGAAGAAAGAAGAAGAAGAAGAAGAAGGAAGAAGAAGGAAGAAGAAGGAAGAAGAAGGAAGAAGAAGGAAGAAGAAGGAAGAAGAAGGAAGAAGAAGGAAGAAGAAGGAAGAAGAAGGAAGAAGAANAAGAAGAAGAAGAAGAAGAAGAAGAAGAAGAAAGAAGAAGAAGAAGAAGAAGAAGAAGAAGGAAGAAGAAGGAAGAAGAAGGAAGAAGAAGGAAGAAGAAGGAAGAAGAAGGAAGAAGAAGGAAGAAGAAGAAGAAGAAGAAGAAGAGGAAGUUCUCAUUCUAG